AUGGCCGACUACAACCCCAACAACCCCUUCCCGAGCCAAGACUGGAUCGAUUUCUGUAACUUGCAUGGCGUCGACGACGCCGGGAUAGUGGAUGAGAUCCCGCCGAAGGAUAUCGCUGCAAUGCAGCGGGGGAUGAAUCUGACGAGGCUGAAGGUGUCGAAUCAUGAGAUACAGACGGAAGACCGCUACGAAAGAGUCGAUGUCAUCAAUUUCGCCAUCCAGCGAUCCUGGAACGCCUCCGAGGUCCCACUGCGCCUGUACCAGCCCGUCGGCUGGAAGGGCUGCGGGACCUACCUCCCGAUCUACAUCCACUUUCACGGCGGGGGGUUCCUAUCUGGGAACCUGGACACCGAGGACGCGACCUGUUUCCGGAUGGUGGAUGCUCUCGCUAAUGACGGCUGUCCCAUCGUCCUCCUCAGCGUCAACUACUGCCACACGACCGAGGCACCCUACCCCGCGGCGUUCCACGACGCAUGGGACGUGCUCCGCUGGGUGGAGGAAUGGGCAGAGUAUCUGCACGGGGACCGCAAUCGGAUUAUCCUGGGCGGGAUGGAUUCAGGCGCGGCGCUGGCGCUGUCGAUGGCGCACACAGUGGAGAGACUUCGGGUUGCGAAGAUGGGGAUGAACCACCAGUCGGGCACACUGGCUGGGGUGGUGCUGGGCACGCCGUGGUUUCCGCAUAUGGAUGCGGAUGGACACGAUGAGGAGUCCAGGGUCGAGAAUUGCGCGGCGCCGAUGUUGUCCGGGCAGUUUCAUCGGCUGUUUCGCGAGUUACUGGGCGUGGGAGGGAUGGAUUCUCCGUAUGCUGUGGGGGAGAUGUCGAAUUUCAGUGCCCUGCCUCGGACGACGGUUCUGAUUGCGGGGAUGAGUUUGCUGAGGGAUCAGGCUGUUAAGAUGACGAGGUGCUUCAAAAGGGAUGGGAUUGAGCAUCAGGUCGUCCUAUUCCCCGGCCUGCCGCAUGAUUUCCGUCGAUUUGGGGACCUUGCUGCCUGCCAGGACUGGGAUGAUCAAAUGAUCAAGGCAAUCAAAUGGUCUUUGGACUUCGCUGUCGAGCACGCGAUCUGGCUACAGCUCGACGAGCCCGAGGGCUUUGCUCCGGCACUAGAUGCCGAAUCUCCGGAACUCGGUGCUGAGUCUGGUAAUGGAUCAGACGAGGAUUAUGCUCCAUCGGAGGAUAUCGCCUCGGAAGAUCACAUCAGUUGGUCUGACCAGUAG